UAGCCCGGGGCGUGGCUUCAAUUUCAAUAACUUUAUUGGUGGCCUUAUCCGCAGAACAUCCAUCGCACCAUUGGUCCCGGGAGGAGGCAGAGCAUCGCGGGAGGUGGCCCCCGACUCGAGCUGCACCGCCAUGGGAAACACCACCAGCGACCGGGUGGCCGGGGAGCGCCACGGCUCCAAGGCUGCGCGCACCGAGGGCGCCGGCGGCCAUGCCCCGGGCAAGGAACAUAAGAUCAUGGUGGGGAGCACCGAUGACCCCAGCGUCUUCAGCCUGCCGGAUUCCAAGCUCCCUGGGGACAAAGAGUUUGUAUCAUGGCAGCAGGAUUUGGAGGACUCCGUAAAGCCCACACAGCAGGCCCGGCCCACUGUUAUCCGCUGGUCUGAAGGAGGCAAGGAGGUCUUCAUCUCUGGGUCCUUCAACAAUUGGAGCACCAAGAUUCCACUGAUUAAGAGCCAUAAUGACUUUGUUGCCAUCCUGGACCUCCCUGAGGGAGAGCACCAGUACAAGUUCUUUGUGGAUGGACAGUGGGUUCAUGAUCCAUCAGAGCCUGUGGUUACCAGUCAGCUUGGCACAAUUAACAAUUUGAUCCAUGUCAAGAAGUCUGAUUUUGAGGUGUUUGAUGCUUUAAAGCUAGAUUCAAUGGAAAGCUCAGAGACAUCUUGUCGAGACCUUUCCAGCUCACCCCCAGGGCCUUAUGGUCAAGAAAUGUAUGUGUUUCGAUCAGAGGAGAGAUUCAAAUCCCCACCCAUCCUGCCUCCUCACCUUCUCCAAGUUAUUCUUAACAAGGACACUAAUAUAUCUUGUGAUCCAGCCUUGCUCCCCGAGCCCAAUCAUGUUAUGCUGAACCAUCUCUAUGCAUUGUCCAUUAAGGACAGUGUGAUGGUCCUUAGCGCAACCCAUCGCUACAAGAAGAAAUAUGUCACUACUCUGCUGUACAAGCCCAUCUGAAGGGAUUCCUUCCUGCCUCCCAGGAUUCAGGAGAAGCAUCUCCCUUGCCUUUCUGGACUAGACCAGUCUUACCUGGGACUGGAAGGCUGAUUUGCUUUGAGGCUAAUAUGUGUGUUUCAGAGCCUCUGAGUAGGAUGCUCUGCUUUUGCAUUUGAUUGCAAAUGAGAGCUUUAGGAGUUCAUGGAAUUUAUUUUAAGAAAAAAUCAUAUACACACACACACACACACACACGCACACACACACACGAGACGAAAGUUAAUGGAAGCCUCCUAGCUAGACGUAUUCUCUCUACCGGUGGGAACUCACCAAGAUCUGUUGGGGAGAGCUGCAGGAAGAACCAUGACAGGAAGCUUUUUCCCUAAAGUGAAUGAAGAGCAAACUCUCAGGAUCCUUGUUGGGUGGAGAUUCUAUCACUGCUACCUUGGCUCUCCAAGGGAUGGACUUGUGCCAGAGUGCUGCCCUACUUACAGCUGCCUCCUUGCAGAAGCAGCUUUUCUUGCAUGGGUUCUCUGUAUUCCCAGAGUAUGUGCACAAUCUGUUUUUUAUAUGAUACGAGGUACCCCACAAGAACCCUUUUUCCUCUCAUUUCACAUUCUUGCUUUGUUAACCUCCUUCAGAUCCUAUAUCUGACUCUUGCCUAACACAAAAUUCAGUGGGUAAGUGACCCCUUUCAAAGGCUGUGUGAAGGCUUCCCUGGUGGCGCAGUGGUUGAGAGUCCGCCAGCCAAUGCAGGGGACACGGGUUCGUGCCCCGGUCCGGGAAGAUCCCACAUGCCACGGAGCAG